CAUUUCAUAUGCCCACACGCAAGCGCAAUACUAUCCAUUAAGCCACGUCUGUCGUUACUAGCGGUUAGUCGCGUUCGGGACCGUGAUCAUGGAGAAAAUAUCUCGAGUAGUGCAAGUAGAGAAGGAUAUAAAAUACGCGACGCGAUUUAUGAGACCGAUUUUGACAUCGGUCGGUGCAUGGCCCAUUCCAGAUCACUGUCCAUUGUUCUCGAGGAUCGUACAGAAAAUUACGCAUGCUUUUACAUACUUCGUCUUCUUCCUGCUGCUCGUGCCUACUCUCCAUUACGUGAUCAAAAAAGAGACGAACAACAAGAUCAGACUUAAGCUCGUGGCCCCUAUAAUUAAUUGUGGCCUACAGGCGAUUAAAUACACCAUCAUCCUGUAUCGCAUGAAAGAAAUGCAGAAAGGUUUAGACACGAUCAGACAGGAUUGGACAAACGCUACGGAGGAGAAUCGAUUAAUCUUUUUAGGAAAAGCGAAGAUCGCGAGGAGGAUAAUGUUAGCCGUCACUUCGACGAUAUAUGGUGCAGGCAUAUGUUACAGGAUAGUUCUGCCACUUUUGAGGGGAACGAUUGUCACACCGGAUAAUUUUACGAUAAGGCCAUUACCUUGUCCAGUUUACUUCGCCUAUUUAGACGAACAACAGACCCCAAUUUAUGAAAUAUUGUUCUUUCUGCAAAUCAUGGGUGGCUUCGCUUCAUACGCGGUCGUCAGUGGAUCUUGCGGUAUAUCCGCCUUCCUCGUUCUCCACGCGUGCAGCAUGCUCCGGAUCCUGGGCAAUAAAAUAAAAUUGCUCACAGACAAAGGGCAUAUGACGGAAAAGGAGAUACGGUGGAAAAUCGCGAACAUUGUCGAAUUUCAGAUGGAAGGCAAAAAAUUUUUAAAGAGCAUUCAAGAGAUUAUAGAAUUUAUUUGUCUGAGUGAAGUGUUAGGAUGUACAUGUUUGAUAUGCCUGGUAGAAUAUUGUAUACUCAUGGAAUGGGAGAAUAAGAAUACCACUAGCAUGGUGGUCUACAUGACGUUUACAAUCUGUUUCACAUUCUGUGCUUUUGUUCUCUGUUACAUCGGGCAACUUCUACUCGACGAAAGCAAUGUCGUGAGCCAGACGUCGCGCACGAUAGACUGGCAUCGGCUGCAACCAAAACAAGCGCGUUCCUUGAUAUUAAUCAUAGCUAUGUCGAAUUAUCCAUUGAAGCUCACGGGUGGCAAAGUGGUAGCAAUGUCACUAACUACUUUCACGGACGUGCGUAGAAAAAAAAAGUACUUUACGAAUAUUUUCUAUUUAUUAUCGCAAAUAAUUUUGUCAUGAAUUUUAGGUAAUAAAAUUGUCAUUGGGAUACAUGAAUAUGUUGCGUCAAGUAGUUUAACGAUUUUAUUAGUACUCAUUAUUUAUGACCUA